CGUCGCCUGGGCUUCUCCGCUCGCGCCUCGGGCUCUGGGUAGGGCUCCGGGAUGUCCGCGUUGUGUGACCCUCCCGGGGCCCCAGGGCCACCCGGGCCUGCCCCCGCCACCCACGGUCCCGCGCCUCUCAGUGCUCAGGAGCUGUCCCAAGAAAUCAAGGCUUUUUUGACUGGUAUAGACCCCAUUCUGGGUCACCAGCUUUCAGCCCGAGAACAUGCUCGCUGUGGUCUUCUCCUGCUCCGCUCUCUGCCACCUGCUCGGGCUGCUGUGCUGGAUCACUUGAGAGGUGUAUUUGAUGAGAGUGUCCGGGCCCACUUAGCUGCUCUAGAUGAAAGUCCUGUGGCUGGUCCACCUCACCUUCGUCCACCUCCACCUUCUCAUGUUCCUGUUGGUGGACCUGGUUUAGAGGAUGUGGUACAGGAAGUACAGCAGGUGCUUUCUGAAUUUAUCAGGGCCAACCCGAAAGCCUGGGCACCUGUGAUUAGUGCAUGGUCCAUUGACCUCAUGGGACAACUGAGUAGCACAUAUUCAGGCCAGCACCAGCGUGUUCCACAUGCCACUGGCUCUCUCAAUGAACUGUUGCAGCUGUGGAUGGGCUGUAGAGCUACCCGCACAUUAAUGGACAUCUAUGUGCAAUGCCUCUCAGCUCUCAUUGGUAGCUGCCCAGAUGCAUGUGUAGAUGCCUUGCUGGAUACUUCUGUCCAGCAUUCCCCACACUUUGACUGGGUUGUGGCACAUAUCGGCUCUUCUUUUCCUGGCACCAUCAUCUCCCGAGUUCUCUCCUGUGGCCUUAAGGAUUUCUGUGUCCAUAGUGGGUCUGGAGGUGGAGCUGGUGUUUGUGGUGGAAGCUCUUCUCAAACCAGUUCUUCAGACCCCUUUCCUGGAUCUCCUGUCCUCCCUGGGGAGAAACGGGUACCCAAGAUUGCCUCAGUUGUAGGCAUUUUAGGGCACCUUGCCUCUCGCCAUGGAGACAGUAUCCGAAGGGAGCUCCUGCGAAUGUUUCAUGAUAGCUUGGCAGGGGGCACUGGAGGCCGCAGUGGGGACCCUUCCCUUCAGGCCACAGUUCCCUUCUUACUACAGUUGGCAGUCAUGUCUCCAGCAUUGCUAGGUACAGUGUCUGGUGAACUUGUGGAUUGCCUCAAGCCCCCAGCUGUGCUGAGCCAGCUGCAGCAACACCUGCAGGGGUUCCCCCGAGAGGAACUGGACAACAUGCUGAACUUGGCUGUACACCUGGUGAGCCAAGCCUCUGGAGCUGGUGCCUACCGUCUGCUGCAGUUCUUAGUGGACACAGCUAUGCCUGCUUCAGUCAUCACCACCCAGGGCCUGGCUGUGCCAGACACUGUGCGAGAGGCAUGUGACCGCUUGAUCCAGUUGCUGUUGCUGCACCUGCAAAAACUGGUUCAUCAUCGAGGAGGAUCUCCUGGGGAAGGGUUGUUGGGCCCACCCCCACCUCCUCGCCCAGUGCCCUUUCUAGAUGCAUUAAGAAACCAUGUUGGAGAGCUGUGUGGAGAGACAUUGCGGCUGGAACGGAAGCGCUUCCUGUGGCAGCACCAGCUCUUGGGUCUGCUAUCUGUCUACACUCGACCUAGCUGUGGACCCGAGGCUUUGGGCCAUCUACUGAGCCGAGCUCGAAGUCCUGAAGAGUUGAGUUUGGCAACACAGCUGUAUGCAGGACUGGUGGUCAGUCUCUCUGGACUUCUCCCUCUGGCUUUCCGAAGCUGCCUAGCUCGAGUGCAUGCAGGAACUUUACAGCCUUCCUUCACUGCCAGGUUCCUGCGAAACCUGGCACUGUUAGUGGGGUGGGAACAGCAGGGGGGUGAGGGCCCUACAGCCCUAGGAGCCCGGUUUGGGGAGUGUGCCUCAGCUCAUCUAUCUGACCUAGCUCCUCUCCUGCUACAUCCUGAGGAAGAAGUAGCAGAAGCUGCUGCCUCCCUCCUCGCCAUUUGUCCCUUUCCUUUGGAAGCCUUGUCACCUUCCCAACUCCUGGGACUGGUAAGGGCUGGGGUACACCGCUUCUUUGCUUCUCUGAGGCUGCAUGGCCCUCCAGGUGUGGCCUCACCCUCCCAGCUUCUCACUCGUCUUUCUCAGACUUCUGCGGCGGGGCUCAAGGCUGUUCUGCAGCUGCUAGUUGAGGGAGCCUUACAUCGAGGCAACACAGAACUGUUUGGAGGGGAAUUGGAUGGGGAAGAGACUCUCUCAGUUAUCUCAGCCCCUUUGGCUUCUGCCUCCCUGUUGGACACUAACCGGCGGCAUAUAGCAGCGGUGCCAGGUCCUGGAGGGAUCUGGUCAGUUUUCCAUGCUGGAGUCAUUGGCCGUGGCUUAAAGCCACCUAAGCUUGUCCAGUCUCGAAACCAGCAGGAAGUGAUCUAUAACACCCAGAGCCUUCUCAGCCUCCUAGUGCACUGCUGCAGUGCUCCGGGAUUCACUGGAUGUGAGGGCUGCUGGGGGUUUCCCACCUUAAGCCCAGAAGCAGCUAAAGCAGUUGCAGUGACCUUAGUAGAGAGUGUGUGUCCUGAUGCAGCAGGUGCUGAGCUGGCCUGGCCCCCAGAGGAUCAUGCAAGGGCCACUGUGGAGCGGGAUCUCCGCAUUGGCCGGCGCUUCCGCGAACAGCCCCUGCUCUUUGAGCUUUUGAAACUGGUGGCAGCUGCUCCCCCAGCCCUGUGCUACUGUUCCGUGCUGCUGCGGGGACUACUGGCUGCCCUCCUGAGCCACUGGGAAGCCUCUCGCCAUCCUGACACAGCCCACUCCCCCUGGCACCUGGAAGCGUCCUGCACUCUGGUGGCUGUCAUGGCUGAGGGAAGCCUUUUGCCACCAGCUUUGGGUAAUAUGCACGAGGUAUUUAGCCAACUGGCACCUUUUGAAGUGCGUUUGUUGCUGCUUAGUGUCUGGGGUUUUCUUAGGGAGCAUGGGCCCUUGCCCCAGAAGUUUAUCUUCCAGUCCGAGCGUGGCCGCUUCAUCCGGGACUUCUCCAGGGAGGGUGGAGGUGAGGGAGGACCCCAUCUGGCUGUGCUGCACAGUGUCCUCCACCGCAACAUCGAUCGCCUGGGUCUCUUCUCUGGCCGUUUUCAGGCACCUUCACCGUCCACUCUCCUCCGGCAGGGAACAUAAGCUUGUUCUAGAGGCCGAGGGAUGUUGAACAGUGAGAGAAGAGACUAAGGUGCUGCAGAGAGGUGGAGGUUUCUAAGUCCUUGACCUAAUGAGUGUUGUCACUUUUUUCGAAGCUAACGAUUUUUCUAAAUAAAAUUUGCCUAGUUAAGACAA